AUGUCAGUCGAAGAUGAUACGAUCACCUCAGGUGUGAGGUUACCACCUGACGUGUGGCAGCUUCUCUUCGACGAGCUUGCUUCGCGUAAUGACUUCUCGAGCUUGUACAAUUGUGCUGUAGCUAGCAAACACCUGGCUGGUUCUGGAGCCCUGGCAAAUCUCUAUCGUCACAAUGCGCCAGUUAAGAGUGGAGGCAAUGAAUCGUUGCCAUUACAAGAGCAAGAGCAGGCUGUCCAGAGAUGGUCGAUCCUGUGGCGGACCAUCUUGCUCUCAUGUACUGAGGAAACACUCUUCCCAUACUGUCAUUACUUGAGGGUGCUUGAUCUGCGGGAUCUCUACGAAUUGUUGGACGAUGAUAAGUUCAGAGGUAGGAUAAAGCAAAACUUCUUCUCCGGUUCCCUUGCGAGGUUCAAUAUCACUGGUCAGACAAGGAGCAAGGCUCGUGCCUUGAAGUCAAGUAACAUGCGUGAGACUGUUGCUGCAAUUGGAGAUGCUGCACCUAUGCUCGAGGAGCUCACUGAGCCUACUGUUGGUGGUAGUGCAUUGCCACGCUGGGCGCCCGAUAUGACCAGGCUUCGAUCACUUGAGUUAUGGGAGGGUAAAACACUAGGCGAUCAGACCGUCCAAGACCUCUUACACAAGCAUUGUCCUCAUCUAAACAGAAUCAAGAUUUAUCAGUGCGACGAUUCCGAUAGUCAACUCGCACGAUUCUUGAACUACAUGCCAAAAAACACAUUGCAGUAUUUUGAGAAUAUUGGAGAGUGCGGCAUCGGCGUUGAGACUUGUCAAGCACUCAACAUUCAUGGAGAAUCUCUCAGAUUUUUAGCACUCGCCGUCCCGGAUAAAGGAAUUGAAGGACUAGGAAUGAUGAAGAACUGUACGAUGAUUGAGACGCUCAAGCUGGGCGAAACACAACCACCACACGAUCUCAAGGAAUUGCAGAAAGACACUCUGGAUGGCAUGAUAGAGUGGCUGAAGCAGUGCACAAAACUGCGUGAAGUCAACUUGACCGAGUUUAUCUCAGCUCCGAACAUCUUAGCACCUGUCCUCAGCGAAGAGGGCAUCGAACUUGAAGACCUGCAGAUCGGUGCAAGAGAUGACUGCAUGUAUGUGUUACGGGAGCAUCAAGAAUUUCACGCAGCUAUCGGACUGCAGACGAAACUGCAGAGCCUAGUGUUGAAGGCUGAUCCCGACCCUUUGGAGCCUGUUGCUCGCAACCAGCUCUGCGAGUCUUUGUGCGAGUUGAGAGACUUGCGGUAUCUCAAGCUCACCAGAUCGUCUGAUUACUUCCAAGACGAUCAAUUACAACUUCUAGGAGAAAAUCUGCUGAACCUAGAAGAUCUCCUCGUCAGUGGCUGGCUGCUAAGUGAUCGAACGCUAAACACGCUCUCGAACCUGGGAAACCUCAAGAGUGUUAGUAUCACUGGUCUAUCGGUCUUCACGGCGAAUGGUCUUCUUGAUUUUAUCGACAAACUAGGACCAGGCAAUCGUGGCCUGGCAAUCUCGAUUGAUAUGGCUUCGGUGGACGCAGCUUUGAGUAGCGAGGAGCAAGAUUUGGUUCGUGACACUCUAGCUACCAAGGUGCAAGGUCGUUUUGAGUAUCAGCUUGUCAGAGAUCCUGAUGUUUCAGAAUUCGAAGACUCGGAUUCGGAUUGA